AUGUUAUUCGUCUCCGGGACUUUUCUACAACAGCUGGGCGCCUCGUUCGUUAACCAAAAUGCCAAACUAACUCGAUUCUCUUUCGCUACUCUCUGCCUCCCUCGUUCUCAUGGCGGCCUUGGUCUUUUGGAUCCUGCUGUGCAGAUCAACGCCCUUCAGUGGCGCUGGCUUCAUCCACUUUUGCACCCAUCCGAUCCCACUCCUCCUACCAAGACUUCUCUUCCUUAUCUCCGUGUCAUCCUCAACUUCUUCCUCGCUACUCCCUCAUACCCCACCUACCACUGGUCUCUCCUCUUUCCUGCCUGUAGGCCAUCAAGCGCCAGAAAGGUCAUCGCUCCUCUCUACAACAUUCUUCGCGCCGUAGAUACCAUUGUUCGUAAGUUUGGUGUCUGUCAUGUUUCCUUCAGUACUUGUCUACGCCUGCCAUUUUCGACCUUGGUUGAACAUAACCUUCCACCCAACCAUAGCUUAUCGCCUACAUUUCGCUCACCAAAGGAAGUGGUAAAACACUACCCCAGAGUGCUUCAACUUACAGGUAAUGAUGUUUUCAUCUUUGAUACCACCACUCAAGCUCUUCAACUUCGCACUUCGGUCAUUGGCCUACCCCACCAACCCACCAGCUUACGCGCUAUCAAUUUUCUUCAGGCUCAAAACCUACUGCUCACCAACUUCAUUCACUUCAACAUGUUGCUCCUUGUCCCUCGUCCAAACAUCACACAUAUCGACCUCUCCACCAUCACCAACUAUUCCGAUAGUAUCAGCCUCGUAUCCACCCUUCUACUCUCUUUAUUGGCAACUUCAUUUUCUUUUGAGUCUCAUUCAUUCCUUUUAUCCCUCCCUACUAAUCAAGGAUUCAAAUCCCUCCCCCUUCACACUAACCCUUCCUCUUAUUCGUCCCCUUUAGGUGUUGCCAAAUGGAAGCAGUUUUGGACUCUCCAGAUUCCUUUGAAUGCUCGCAAUACUUGGUUCCGGAUCCUUCAUGAAAAAGUUACUACUCGUCAAUUAUUACAUCAACGGCUUCGCGAUUCAUUUACCCCGUACUGUCCUCACUGUCAGUCUUCGUCAUCCACAAUCCCCACCAUCAUCGAAGAUACUGAGCACUUCCUCUUUUCCUGUCCUCGAAAAUUGGACGUCUGGCGACAAACUCUCUCUCUUUACAUCUCACCUCGAUUCUCUUACUUUGCGUACGAGGAAUACAUUGCCAUCCUCCACCUUCGCCUCGAUAUUGACCGCUCAUCUCAUGAACUUUUUCCUGCAUUAUCCGUGUUCCAGGUCUUUGCUUGCAUCCAACAGGCUAUCUGGUCUGCUCAUUACCGCCAAGUUUUCCAGCACGUCCCUUUCAUCCCGUCUACUGUCAUCCACUCCAUUCAUCGUACUCUCCUCAAUUUAGACUCCCAACUUUCCUUCGAUACAAUUAUCUGA